UUGACGAAAGAGGACAGGGAUAUAAUGUGAUCUCUGUCCAGUUCAGGUGCAGAAGGUGAGAAGAAGAAGAGCAGAAAGACGAGUGAACAAACUCACAACACACAACCUGGGAGCUUUUAUACUAUUCACUGCAGCAGUAAAGUCCAGGAGAAACAUUCCAGACAUGAGUCAUAAAUGGGGUUUUGUUAUCCUGUUCUUCUCAGUAGUAUGUGGGAUAGGAGCAUAUAUUCCUCAUCGCUAUCACUUUUUCAAUGAGAAUAAAACCUGGAGUGAAGCUCAGACUUACUGCAGAGAGAACUACACGGAUCUGGCAACCAUCAACAACAUGAGAGAGAUGAAGAAGCUGAAUCACACACUGAUGAAGGAAAAUGCAAAGAAAGCUUGGAUUGGUCUACAGAGAGAGGGACCUGGGAAAUGGCAGUGGUCUCUGGCAGACCAAACUUUCUACAGAGACGGAGACAAUUACACAAACUGGAGGAGUGGAGAACCUAAUAGCGUUGGGGACAAUCCAUACUGUGUUGAGAUGUACAAAGAUGACGGAAAGUGGAAUGAUGGAAACUGUUUGAACUCAAAAUUUUUUGUAUGUUAUGAAGAAAAGAACACAAUCACUAAUAAAUAUGUAGUGAUUAAUGAGACAAAGAGCUGGCAUGAUGCUCAGAUCUACUGCAGAGAGAAUCACACUGAUCUGAUCAGUGUGAGGAACCAAACUGAGAAUGAUGAGAUCUGGAAAGUGAUUAAUAGUUCUGUGGGUGGGGUUUGGAUCGGUCUGUUUAAUGACUCCUGGAAGUGGUCAGAUCAGAGUAACUCCUCAUUCAGAUACUGGAGCUCUAACAAAACCAGUGGAGGUUUGAACUGUUCUGCAGUGUCUGAGUCUGAGAAACGUUACUGGAGUGAUGUGGACUGCACAGAAAAACUCCCGUUCAUCUGCCAUGAGAAUAAGCUGAUCCUGGUUAAGGAGAAUCUGACCUGGAGAGAAGCUCUGAGAUACUGCAGGAACCAUCAUCAUGACCUGGUCUCAGUGCGCACUGAGGAGAUGCAGCUCUGGGUGAAGGAAGUGGCUCAAAACGCCUCCACUGAACACGUGUGGCUCGGCCUGCGUCACACCUGCGCUCUGGGCUUCUGGUACUGGGUGAAUGGAGAGAUGAUCUGCUACCAGGACUGGGCUCCGGGCAACGGGACAGGGUUUGAAGACUGCAGCCAUGAGGAGAGAACCGGAGCAGUGCAGUCUGGUGGAGAGCGGAAGUGGAUCAGCCUGCCUCAGAGCAAAAAACUCAACUUCAUCUGCUCUACCUAUGAAGAUUUGUUUUAUUAAACAUGAAGACUGAAGACCAACUGUGGUCCAACAUCUGUAUUCAUCAUCAGCUGAUCUACAGUACUGUCUCAUUUACACUCUUUUACAGAUUAUUAUUAUUAUUGUAUCCUCUUAAUGCUGAUGUUCCAUCAUAUUUUUUAAUUUUGUAUUCAAUAAACUCCACUGUCUCCAUACAGCAUGAUCUGUAGUAUGUUACCUAUAUUAUACUUUCUUUUCUUAUUAAUAGAGGGUUUAUGGGUAAUUAAGGAGGAAUAUAUUUACAUGUGAAAUGGACCACAGUGUGUUUGGUUUGCAUGUUUAAUUGUAUUUAAAGUUCUUUCUCAGAAUAGGGAACUGUACCAUACUCAGGUCAUUUAUACCCAUGCAGGAAGCAUAAUUACAUGUUGAUGAUUUCUAUACCUGGGAUUUCUGGGCACUUGCUUCUUUAAUAUGUAAGAACAUGGAC